CAUUAUUGGCAGAUUCAUCGGCGGCGGCCGGCAAGUGAAAAACCGCACGCAACGGCGUGAGCGCCAGUUUCUUUGAAUUAAUUGGAGUUUCUAAAGUGUCAGACAUGGACGUCGCACUGGCAUUGAAAGGGCUUCAAUUCAAAAUCAAAGGAAGCGCAGAAUUGACUGCAAACCAUGGAGCUCGCUCUGAAGAUGAUCUAUCCAAAACUCUUGGUAUUUCUGCUAAAUGGGCUUCUGAUGCAAAUAAAAAUUCCAUCCUGUUUGACCCUUGCUUGAGGAAAUUGGUGAAUGAAUCUUGUGGCACCUUCCUUAGUGGUCAAAAGUUAGCCCAAAAUUUGGACAGCGGUGGAGACCAUGGGCCUGAGUUAUUAAAGCUCAGCCGACGAUACAGGUCUAUUAUUAGGGUUUGUCUGAACAAUCUUUAUGACAUGGUAGAAAAGUCAAACCACAGUGAAAACCUAAAAGCAAGUUAUUAUGUGGAUGUCGUGAAAGUUCUUGAUGCCAUAGAAUUGAUCUGGCAUCUGUGUGAAAUUUUGUUUGUUGAUGUUGUACCAGGUAACAUUCUAUUGCCACAGUUACUGGAAUGGGUUCGAUUCCACUGUCCUCAAGCAGAGAGGAAAGCUGCCUUGCUGCUUCAAGCUGGCACUGAACGGGUUGAAGCUGGAUUUGAAACAGCUAGUGCUGAAAAAGAUCCCGACUAUUGGAAGACGACCAUCGGUGUCCUUCUUCAGGGACGCAUUGAUGCCACCAGAGCAUUACUUGUUUUACAUUCCGAUGCAAGAACUGCUCCUUUCCAAAAUGCUGAUGUUUGUUUGCGCACCAUGCCCCUCUACAAUGUUCAUGGUGGCACAGCAGUCUCUGUUUUCAAUGCUCAAUGGUCUCAUUGGCAAGCAGAUGUCAGAACCAAAGUUGAAGAUGGAGUGUUUGCCAGUAAUUCCGACCUCGAGCUUAUCAUGAAGAUUGUUUCUGGUGAUAUGACAGUAAUGGAUACCAUCCGCAGUUAUUGUGGAACCUGGUACCAGCUGAUGACAGCAACCUUGUUUUUCUCCGAACCCACUGUGAAAUCAUUUGACCUUAGUUACCAUGCUGAUCAUGCAAUGCGAGCAUUUGGCAGCACUUCUGAAAUGCAGGAUUUGGACAAGUUGAUUCUUCUCUUAUUUGAAUCAAAUCCUCUGGAAGUUAUUCAAGAACUGCAGAAAACGGCAGAUAAUGGGUGGUUUGCUGUGCAUUUAACCAAUCUCCUCUACCUCUGUGGUCGUUUGAACAUUUUUGAUAGCAACAAAGUGAAUGUUGCUCAUCAGCUGCAUGAGCAUGUCCUCCUGGAUUAUGGCACCAUGUUAAUGGCACAUCCUUCACUCUGGCAAGUUGGUGUCAGCUAUCUGGACCAUUGUCCUCCCCAAGGGCUGGAACGCUUGGAAGUCCUCCUCCCUGCAAUACCUCUUACAUCUGAGACUCGUGCUCUUAAAAUCAUGCAAAUUGCCCAUGACAGACGUUUAGGUUCAGUUGUUACCACUGUUUGCAAAGUUAUGGCAUCGAAAUCUCUCAGGCAGGAGCGACUGGGAAAUGCCCUAGCAUGGGCUCUGAGGUCUAUGGAUGCCAACUUAACCAAUCACCUUGCAGACAAGUUCCUAGCAGGUUUUGCUUCCAAAGGAGAGUUUGAAGCUUCUGACCUCUUAGAUAAUUUGGGUUCUUGUAUGCUUGUGAGUGAUCGUCUCACUUUCUUAGGCAAGUAUUGCGAAUUCCACCAACUAUACAAAGCUAAUGAAAUGAGAGCUGCUGGAUCACUGCUUGUAUCACUUUUGAGUUCUCAUCUUCCACCUAAGAAUUUCCAGCUAACGCUACUCAUGCAUGCUGUACCUUUAUUGGAAUCAAGAGAGUUAGUGUUGACAGCAAAUGACACAGAUAUUCUCUUGUCUUGCUUAGAAUUAUUAGAGACAGAACUCUUAACACAGGUGGACCCAUCAAGUAUAUCCAAAACUCUUGAUGCAGCUACCAAGGAAAAAAUUCAAAUCAUUCGCUUGAGCCUUGCUCGCAAUCUGUCCAGAGCCAUUAUUAUCGAGGGCAGUGAUGUCCCAAACACCAAUGCAAGAAUGGUAAAUGCCUCUUAAUAUCUGCAACUGUACAAACAAUUUAUACUUGGUCUAUUCUGUGACCACUUUGGCUAUAACCUAAUCAAUUUCAUGUGAAACUCUCUGGUUUUAAUUUUACUGUAAUAUAAAUAAAAUGGAUCAAUGUAGCUCAGCCUACCAAUUUA